GGGACGAGAGAGUGACGAGCGAGUGUUGCGACAUUUCAAACAGUGAAGGGCAGUCUUGAGAACCAAAUGAGGGAUUUGGUUCGGUGAUGCUGGUCCCGGGAGCGCGCUGGCUGCGCUGGCGCUGCGGCGCGGAGGCGCGCGCAGCGCUUGCCGUGGGAGCGCUGUGCGCUGCGUGGUUCUCGUGCUCGGCGCUGGGCAACGUCGUGGGCAAGCUGCUGCUGACGGACUUCCCGCGGCCGCUGACGGUGGCCAUGGCGCAGCUGGCUUGCACGGCUCUAUGCUCCGCGCCGAUAGUACUGCGCGAGCGCGCGCCGCCCGUGCGCCCGCUGCUGCGCGCACUGCUGCCGCUGGCACUGGCCAAGUUUUUGACGACGCUGUGCUCGCAGGUUUCCAUAUGGAAGGUGCCGGUUUCCUACGCGCACACAGUAAAAGCAACGACGCCGCUCUGGACAGCGGGCCUAGCGUGGCUUCUCUUCGGCGAGCGGCAGCCGCGCGGCGUCGCAACGUCGCUCGUACUCAUCGCCGCCGGCGUCGGUCUCGCAUCCGCCACUGAGAUGCACUUCGAUGCAGCUGGCUUAUUCUCAGCCCUCGCCGCUGCCGCGCUACUCUCACUACAACAUUUAUACUCAAAAAGGUUGCUAGCGAGAGCCGGUUGGUCACCACUUCGAGUCUUAGCAGCUUUAAGCGCGCUAGCGGCGGUCAUGUUCUUCCCUGUUUGGGCGUGGAGCGAUGGAACUGCGCUACUAACGCAACCUCUUUCACCUCGCUCAGCGGGAUUACUACUAUUAGACGGGGUACUUGCGUGGCUGCAAGCGGCAGCCGCCUUUAGCGUAUUAGCACGCGUAACUCCAUUAACAUACGCUAUAUUAUCGUGUGGAAAGCGAGUCCUAGUUGUAGGUGCUUCGUUGAUUUUAUUACGGAAUCCAGCGCCGCCUUUAAACAUAGCUGGCAUGGCGUUGGCGGCGUUAGCUGUGCUACAAUAUAAUCGUGCAAAACUAAACGCGCGGGAGAUGACGGUGGAUGCCGACCUCGGUAUUUCGAGAGAAGGUUCCCGGACUGACGCGGAGGCAGUUGCCCGCGAAGCGGAGGCGAUCAACCCAGACGGCCUGAGUCCCGCGCAGAUGGCCGAACUGCGGGCCAAGGCCUCCAACCACACCUUCCAGACCGAGGUCAACCGCAUGAUGAAGCUCAUCAUCAACUCGCUGUACCGCAACAAGGAGAUCUUCCUCCGGGAAUUGAUCUCCAACGCGUCCGACGCUCUCGACAAGAUCCGUCUCCUGUCCCUCACCGACCGGAAGGUGCUGGACGCGACGGAAGAACUCGGAAUCCGCAUUAAGGCGGACCCGGAGCGCAGGCUACUGCACAUUAUCGAUACUGGGCUUGGCAUGACCAAGAACGAUCUGGUCAAUAAUCUGGGCACCAUCGCCAAGUCGGGCACGGCUGACUUCUUGUCUAAGAUGCAAGACGUUGAAAAGAGCGGCGCUCAGGAGAUGAACGACAUGAUCGGCCAGUUCGGCGUGGGCUUCUACUCGGCCUUCCUCGUCGCCGACCGCGUCACCGUCGUCUCCAAGCACAACGACGACGUGCAACACGUCUGGGAGAGCGACGCCAACUCCUUCAGCGUAGCCCCUGAUCCAAGAGGAGACACCCUCAAACGCGGCACUCACAUCACGCUGCACCUGAAAGAAGAAGCCGCUGACUACCUGCAGUCAGACACCAUCCGCGCCCUCGUGAAGAAGUACUCGCAGUUCAUCAACUUCCCUAUCCACCUGUGGGCCUCGCACACCGAGACCGUUGAGGAAGAGGAGGCCGACGAGCCAACUCCUGCUGGAGAUGAUGAGGAUGCUCAGGUCGAGGACGUGACAGAAGAGAAGAAGGAAAAGAAGAAGACCGAGCGCACCGUCUGGGACUGGGAGCUCAUGAACGACAACAAACCCAUCUGGACCCGCAAGCCCGCCGAGGUGUCCGACGACGAAUAUGUCACCUUCUACAAGUCGCUCACCAAGGAUACCAGCCCACCCCUUGCCAAGGCUCACUUCGUGGCCGAAGGCGAGGUGUCGUUCCGCGCGCUGCUGUUCGUCCCCCGCGCGCAACCGGCCGACUCCUUCAACCGCUACGGCUCCAAGACUGACCACAUCAAACUGUUCGUCCGUCGCGUGUUCAUCACUGACGAGUUCAACGACCUCAUGCCCAACUACCUCGCUUUCAUCCAGGGCCUGGUGGACUCUGACGACCUGCCACUCAACGUAUCCCGAGAAACCCUGCAGCAACACAAACUGAUCAAGGUCAUCAAGAAGAAACUCGUCCGCAAGGCCCUCGACAUGCUCAAGAAGAUCCCUGAUGAUGAGUAUGAGGGCUUCUGGAAGGAGUACUCCACCAAUAUCAAACUGGGAGUAAUGGAGGACCCUAGCAACCGCGCUCGCCUCGCCAAGCUGCUGCGCUUCCACUCGUCGGCCUCCGAGUCCAUGACGUUCCUGGCCGACUACGUGUCCCGCAUGAAGAAGGGCCAGAACCACAUCUACUACAUCGCCGGCUCCAGCCGUGCUGAGGUGGAGAAGUCUCCGUUCGCCGAGCGCCUGGUCCGCUCCGGCUACGAGGUGCUGUACUUGACGGAGGCCGUGGACGAGUACUGCCUCGGCGCUCUACCCGAAUACGAGGGAUUCAAGUUCCAGAACGUGGCCAAGGAGAUCUUCGACGUUAACGAAAGCGAGCAACAGAAGGAGCGCUGGGAAUCAUACAAACAGCAGUUCCAGCCGCUCACCAAGUGGCUGGACCAGCAGCUGCAGCAGUUCAUCACUCGCGCCGCCGUGUCCAAGCGGCUGGCCAAGUCCCCGGCGGCGCUGGUGGCCACGGUGUUCGGCUGGACCGGCAACAUGGAGCGCCUCGCGCUGUCCAACGCGCACCAGAAGGCUGACGACGCCCAGCGCAAGCACCACCUGUCCCAGAAGAAGAUGAUGGAGAUCAACCCGCGCCACCCGCUGGUCCAGGAGUUGCUCCGGAGAGUGAACGAUGCUCCCGACGACCCCGCCACCAAGCUGGCCGCCAUGUCGCUCUACCGCACUGCUGCACUCAGAUCCGGCUUCAUGCUCCAAGAAGGGCAAGCGGUGGAAUUCGCCGAGUCGGUGGAGCUGAUGCUCGCGCAGUCGCUCGGCGUGCCCGCCGACGCCGCGCCGGACGACGACGACUUCCUCGACACCGGCGCCGACGCCGACGCCGACGCCGACGAGGAGCUGCCCGCCGAGGACCACGACGAGCUGUAGGACUCUAUGUUUUUUUGUAUGAAGCCAGGAGCUGUCUACAGUCACGUCUAAAAAUAUCGAAACGAUCAAAGCGCCAAAAAUAUGUAUACUCAUAUUGCAAAAUGUGAUUAAGGUAGUGUAUACAUAUUUUUGGCACUUUGACCGUAUCGAUAUUUUGAGACGUCAGUGUCCAAGAAACACUGCCCAUUAGUGAACCGUAUCCUCCUAAGUCCCAGAAUCAUUGUAGUUUUUAAUUUAAAACCUUUUAUUACAUCAGUUAGUUAGCUCGCAUGGUUCAAAAUUCGAUUUGAUUUAGCAGGAUUUAGCAGGUUAACUAUCCAAUAAGGUUUACUUACAAUCAGUUAACUGUAUUGAUAGAAAAUUAAAAUCCGGUGGGAUAUUGAGCAUGGUUCUGCCGCGAAAACUCUCCUGACAUUUUAUUAAACCUCGCGAGGCGAGAUGUGUUUUCGUGAGGGCCCAGAGAACAUGUCUCUUCCUGCCUCGCACAGCUAAACUGUGGAAUGAACCUGCGAUAUUUCCGGACCGAUAUAACCUUCAAGAAAGGAGCGUACUCCCAUCUUAAAGGUCGGCAACGCACUUACAACCCCUCUGGUGUUGCGGGUGUCCAUGGGCGGCGGUAAUCGCUUACCAUCAGGUGAUCCGUCUGCUCGUUUGCCUCCUAUUUCAUAAAAAAAAAUAAAAAAAAUGUCCUAUUUUUAGGGCACUGGGGUAGGCCGAGGGUGACGUCUAUAUAUUUUACCAUUUCAAUGAAACAUGCUUAUUAUUUCUUGGACGAUUAAAAUUGAAAUUAUUUGACGUAAAGCUUAUCAAUGUUUAUGUUAGGUUCCAGUAUUUUUGGAUAUGUCAAAUAAUUUCAACCAUCCUUAUAGAAAUUAUUGUGAUAAAUAAAUUUCCUUAUUGUCACCUAAGUAUAUCUCUGAAUUCCAUAAUGUCAUACGCCAUAAAUUAUUAUUUACAAUUGGUUCUAAAGUCGUUUUUGUAAAUGACAUGCCACACCCACAAUUUAGUCAUAAAGUAAUGUUAUAUGAAAUUAUGGGAUUCGAAAGUAAACGCUUGCCGCGCCGACCAUGUUUAUCAUUUCGUGAAGUAUGCUGAUUUUGUGUCGAUUAUUUAAAUUAAUUGUCAUUAGGUAUGCUAGAAACCUUCGUUCUGAUUUCGUGAACACAAAUAUGCAUUUAUUAUUAUUAGUAAAUAUUGAUUUCAUACAGUGCCGCCUCGCUCUCUAGUUUUAUCGUUUAGUCGGCCAGAAGCCUA